CGCCGUCAUGUCUCAAUUCCGUGCGGCCAAGCUCGACAUCGGGUGCUUUGCCAAGAUCCGCAACAUUCGCGACCACACCAAGCGCAAGGUCUACUCGGAGAACGAGCCGGAGAGACAAGCGCUGCGCUACAUUAUCCGCAACACCACGCUCCCGCAGCGCGUCCGCGCGCAGGCCCAGCUCCAGCUGUCGCAGAUGCACUGCUACACGCGCUUCACCCAAAUCAAGAACCGAUGCAUCAUGGGCGGCAAGGGCCGAGGUAUUUUCAGCGAUUUCAGGCUGGGAAGGUAUCAAUUCCGUGUGAACGCGCUUGCGGGCAACCUGCCGGGCGUGAAGAAGGCAAGUUGGUAGAAUGCCUGGAAAGCGGGCGGCGGGGCAUGUACAAUAAUACAACAAGACAAUCUGGCAUUGGGCGGCGCACUUGCAUUCAGUGUACAUGAAUUAUGACGGCCAUAGUAUGCCUUGCAAACUGGCUGCAUUGCUCCUGCCUUCACUGUUUGCUUUCUCCGCUUUCGGCACACACACACACACACACACA